AUGAUGUCUUGUGUUUUUGAUGCGGCUUGUGCUUACGGUGUUCGUGUGGAGCACCAUAUUGAUGGUGGGUUGCUAGAGUCAUCUGGAGUUGUUUUGCACAAAGAUUCCAAAUGGCUCAAUGCUUGGCAAGACUUCAAAGAUAAUAAUCAGUAUGUACAGAAAUUUUUCGAUUUGAAGGCCCAGUAUGAAGAAAGCGAGCACGUCCUAGCUCGGUCUAUGAGAUUUUUAUCCGAUCGUGCAUCUCAGCUGUUCAGUGGACUCAAAUCAAACAACGAGCUCCGGACGGUACUUGACGAAAUCACCAAAAUUGACUCCCGCUUUGAUACCGAAAGCUUCUUACGCUAUUGCAGGUUCGUGGUGAUUCCUAAUGUGCUAGAGGCAAUCGUCCGAGGAGACUUGGAAAUCCUCAAAGAUUGGUGCUAUGAAGCUCCUUAUAAUAUCCUCGCAACGCCAACGCAACAAAUGCGACAGUUGGGGUUGGUGUCGAAAUCUCGCAUUCUCGAUGUUCAGUCUCCUGACAUCCAGAUGGGGAAAAUGAUGGAACAAGGCCCCGUACUAGUAAUCAGUUUCCAAGCACAGCAAAUCAAUUGUAUUUAUGAUAAAAAUGGAUGUAUCCAUGAGGGCGAUCCAAACAAAGUGUUACGUGUAACACACGUGUGGGCGUUGUGCCGAGAUCAAGAAGAAUUUAACCCUUUGGCGGCCUGGCGCAUCUUGGACAUUGCUAUGCUUCCCAGUGAACAAUGGCUAUGAACACUGACUGUAGCAUUGACAAUUCGUUUGUACAUAAAUCGCCUUUGGCUUAGAAAUGCUAUUUCACCUCACCGAUGCUACACAAACCUAGUGACUCUUUGCCACCCUAUGUGAUGAACCUGGACAAACACCUCUCAUUAUUUCCAAUCACAGCUUGUUAUUUUCUCCAUCGACCAGUUCAGUCUAGCUCCUAGUCAUGGCCAGAUCAUUGUCGUUUUGGCCCUACGCUCGCUCGCUGCCAAUGAUUUCCACUUCGUCUUGUACAAAUGAAGCCUGUAUUACUAGAUAUCCAGACACCUGUCUGUUAAAAUACUGACCCCCUUUUUCCCUGCCUGACACUCUUGUCUCACUGGA